GUCGUGUUAUUGUUAUUGACCGUUAUUGUUAUUGUUACUGUUAUUGCCGGGGCGCGCCAUGAAAAUCGUCAACGGGCCCGCCGUCCCGCUGACGGCCGGCUGCGCGUCUUUUGCCACGUCCGUCGCGGCCGCGUGCUGUUUCCUCACCGUCUGGUCGUACUGGUACUGGGAGUUGGACGCCCAGUGCGAAGCCGGCCGCGAUUGCAAGUGUCUGCUGUUCGGUACGAGUUUCGCGAGCGGCAACUUCGUGGGCGGCGACCAAUACGCGUGCAGUUACGUGUACCAUUCGACAAUCGCCUCAUCGGCACUCGCCGCCUGCGCGUCCGUCUACUACGGCACCAAGUGGCUGCUGUGCCCGGACGGUCGGCUUCGCGAGGGACGUCGGCCGGUGCGACGCUCGUCAAACCAACCGCCCGCGACCAAGUAAUGUUUAUUGCCGGUGUCAUAGGUAAUAAGGGUCCGCGUCUAUCACUGGGAAUGGUGCGCGACCCGGUGUUGUUGAUUCCGAGCGGAGCGAGUUGGAUCUAUUGUGGUGGUUUUACAAGGAUGUGUUUUUUUUUUUCUUUCUGUCCGUAAACAAUUUGUCGAACGCCAGUUAACGCCAGUCGAAAAGCGAUAGGAGACGUCUUUCGUUGCGUUCUGGAUCUGGUCGGCGCAUUAUAAAAAGGUCGUUUUUUGAUACCACAAAGGGGUUUCGAAAUAAUUUGGAAAACCCGGAAACAAAACUAUAGGGAAAACGGCAAUUAUUUACGGCUCGAAGUGACUACUCUUCUUUAUACAAUCUGUUUUUCCCGAGAAAAAUUAUUAAAUACAAAAUAUUUUAUGUAUUUAGCAAAACUGAUUUUUUUUUUUUUUCCAAAGCUAUUCGAUUACAUUUGUUAAAUUGUUGACGACAUAAAACAAUAUUCAAUAUAAAAAUAACUUAAGAUUUAAUUUCCUAAAAAAAGUUUAUCAAUAAAAACCUAAUUAGAACGACUGAUUUAACUAGGAUUUAUCUUUAUAUGUUGAUGGGUAACGGACAUACUGUUAUCACUUUUAUAAUACCUUAUAGGAAAACAAUGAAUUUGAUGUUUUUUUUUUUUCUUAUAUAAACGUACAUUUUUUUAUAAUAAUUAUGAGCCCUUUAAUGAUUAUUUUGAAUAUUUUAGAUAGGUUUUAGACAGUUACAUCGAAAAACAUUACACAUUUUUAUUUAGAAACUGUAAAACAGUGGUUUUACUAACCUGUAAAAUAAAUUGCUUUUGUUUUUCAUUUUUGGUGAACAUGUCAUUACACUUUUACUUUUAUAUGAGGUUUACACCUCUUUCCACAGUAUCGUUUACUAUAUAUUAUAGAACGCGUCAAUCGAUUUUUUCCAGUUUGGUAAAAAGUAUUAUUUGACCAUUUCCAUAAAUUUCGUAUUUAUUCCGGGUCUUUUAAAUAAGUUUGGAGAUUGUUGAUUUAUUAAAUAUGUUGGUAGCACAUUAGUCAACAAGUUUUCAAUGUUUUCUAAUUUGAAUAUAAAUUUAUAUUGUACGUUCUCUUUGAUUUGAUUUAUUUCUUCGUAUUCUUAUAAGUUUUUUUUUGCUACCAAUUUGUUUUCUUAUUUCUGGUGAAUUCCAUUAGUCAAAAAUAGAAAACGCGAUGUACUCAUUGCUGAAGUACUAUAGAUAAUUUUUAAAAAAAAAACUUCAUUUUCAACCCUCUUGCGGCACGGGAAAGGGUAAGUCAUAUCAUGACCACAUUUCAUACAAAUUACUAUUACAUGAGAAAAAUGAAAAAUUGGAGGGUCUGCAUCAAUAAUAUUAUGGUUAUAUAUAUUUUUUUUUCUAUAACCAAGGACCACCUUUAGCCUUGUUAAUAAAAUAGAGACUGACUGUGAUUUUCUAAUUUGUAUUUUUAAUAUACCUACUUAUAUCUCUCUGAAAAAAUAAAAUAUCGAAAAAAUAGCGCCAACGCUGUACAGAUGAAUGUUUUUAAAUCGUUUUUCAUCGGCAUAAACCAUUGCUAACGAAACACGAUUAUGUUAUGAUUGUUGCGCAAGUAAAUUAUUAAACCAUUAACUAUAUUUUGUUAUACAAUAAUAUUUUUAUUGACUUCAUUCUGAUCCAAGUCGUACACUUUCUGAAAAUUAGUUUCCAAGAUACUAUACGACGGGUUUUUCCUGUUUUUAUGAUACAAGACGUUCUACUUUGGGGUCCGUAAUAAUUAAAUUAAAAUGAAAAAAAGACGUCCUAGGAUAAUGAAGUCGAGUGCAGCCAUUGUUGUAAGUAAUUUAAUGUGCAUCUGUAAACAAUGAUAAACAAUUGCUAACGAAAAAACGAUUCUGAGCGGAGUUCAGUUGAUAAUGUUGCUCUGUCAACAAUAUAUAUGCCAUAUUAUGGUAAAAUUUCAAUUAUUCCAAUUCCGAAAUUAAAUUUUUUUUCGGUUUUUCACAUUUGUUGAGAAAACUCCUGAAAAAAUCAAAAAACGACCUUUCUGAAGUACCUCUCCAAUGAAAUUUCCUUUUAGAAAAAUUGCUUUCAUUAUAAGUUGUAGCAAAAUUGCUGGUAGAAAAGUUGUCCACAAGAAAAAAAAAUAUACAUUUUUGUAAAAACAUAAGUUUCUUCGCUUCACUGAGAAUCUAAAAUUCAGAUUAAACAAACUAAUAUAAACCAUCAACGGCAGCAACUGAAUAAUAAUUACGUAUACAGAAAAUCGCCCACGUCGAAAACUAAUAUUUUUAUUUUGACACAAACGAUGACAUAAUUAUUGUCGCCCGCCAUCUGUUUCCCAUCUAAAUAAGACAUUCCAUUGAUAUACGCGGUUUUUAUCUUUAUCGCGUCACCCCUCUGCUAGUCCGCUCGCAAAAUCGCGUUCGCCGAGAACGUUAACCUCAGUGCACGGUAUUUCCGCGUUUUAAGCCCGAUUCACGAUUGUCCGGCACUUACCGACAGACCCUGCAUAAGUUACACUAUCUAAUAGGUAGACAGGUAAUUUGUAUGGUUUGUACUUUUUACCGUCUAUAAACUAUAUUUCUACUAGAUAUCUCGUUCCAAUCAAAAAUGACUAGCGAGCUAUUUUUUAGAAUGUCUAUUCUAGUAGGUGAAUUCAGGGAUUUUUAAUUUUCCAAGUAGUUUUCGUAAUAGUCUGGGGGAAAACCCGGAAAAUGUACGGUUUCGUUAUUUUCGAUUUUCUGUUAUUGUCAUCAUUUGGUUAAAAUUGAUUGUAUCGGUCGAGAUCGUAGAGGUUUUCAUAAAAUAUUUCUAUUAGAUUUUUCUAAACGUGGUAAAGUUUUAUAAACAUUUCUGUGCCUUUUGAGCUAUUUUUAGAUAUUUUAAAUGUCUGAGCUGUGGAAUAUCUCGUAAAGCUGCGUCACAAUAAGUUUGUAGCGCUGAUGGCGCGGGCGACUGCUACGUGUGCUUGUGCUGUGUCGAUUGCGUUAUAAUAGUGGAGUUGAUUCGGUUGCUGGUGCUAAAUGCCGACUCAAAAAAAAUUGCAUUGAAUGAAUAAUGGUGUAUCUUAAUUUGUUUGUAUCGUGGAGUCUUAAACAUCCCAUGGGCAAAUCGUGAUCUAAUGCGAGAGUGUUUCAAAGAAUGCGGAAGAAAAAAAAAUUAGUGAUGACUGUGAAAACACAAAAAUUAGAAUACAUGGGCCACAUAAUCAAAGAUAUGAUUUGCUGCAACUCCAAGAGAUAAUAGAAGGUAAGAGAAGUGUUGGAAGGCGAAGGAUAUCAAAAAAAUCUGGGCAAAAAAUCGCCGCAACUCAUUUGGCACAACAACAGGUGAACUUUUGAAUUUUGUAAUAUUCAAUAUGAUUUCCAAUAUCCGAAACGGAUAGGAUCUUCGAGAAGAAUAAUAUAAUUAAUUUGUUAGGGUUCACAGGACUCGAAUCGGCAAAUAAUUAUCGCAGAUGAAGUGUUACAAAAUAUCAUACAAAAUGUAUCAACAUAGUGCCAGCUAUGUCUGAAGUCUUGUAUGACUAUUAAAUACGAGUAUAAUGUACAUGUAAUUUAUAAAAAUUAUAAAAGAAAUAUUUUUAAAAUACGAAAUGUAUUUCGUCUGUUCAUAUUAUUACAAUUAUAAUAAUAAAUAAACAACUUAAUAUAGGUACAGGUGUAAUUUGUAUAUUGCAUAUAUAAAAUGAUUUCGAUUUUAGAUCACGAAUUUCCAGUUUAAAAAUAUGUUUUGUGAUUAUACUCAUCUUAAUGGCACUAAAUAUGUUUGUCGUCUCCAUCGUGAUAAGCAAUGGAUACAUUUCAACUUGUCGGCAAUACGUGCACCAAGUGAAACAAUUUUUGAUGGUAAGUAAUAUUUUAAAAUUAACGUGUAUUUAUUUAUGUUUCUAAUGAUAAUAUAAUAGACACAAUUAGGUAGAGAAGAAUGUACUAGAGAAUACUUAGUACACUCAAAUAUUUAUUUAGUCUCCUUCCCAAAUAAAUUGAUUAAUUAUGCAAAUUUUAAUUCAUCCGCAGAUUUAAUAAAUAAAUUAAAAACUUAAAAUGUAAAUAUACCAAGUUAGUUAUUAGUUAAUAAUUUGUAUUCGUAAUAGUAUAUUUUAAUCGAGUAAUUUAUGAUUUAAUGAUAUACAUUAUAUUAUACACGUUUAACCUUCUCCCAUAUGUAAGGUCUAGUUGUGUCUAUAGAUACUAUUUGACACCCUUUGAAUCCCAUGAACUUUUAAAAUCCCGUGUCUCAAGAAGUCUAGACCGUGAUUUAGAAUCUAAAAUAGGUAUACCUCAAUAAUUACUAUUGUCUUUUAUCGUCUAAUUACUUCUGGUUUGGUCUAGCCAACUACGUGAGAAGUUAUACCGUUACAAAUCAUUAUAAUUUUGGGAAAAUUUACCUAAUCCCAUAAAUCAUAUUCCGUAAUUCGGAACUCGUUAAUAAUAGAUUGAUGUCUUACCGAAUUUAACUCAGUAAAAAUGUUAUGUUUAGGUUACUGGAAAUAUGGAAAGAUUGGUGUCAAAUCGUUUAUCGUGCGGGACAAUCUACGAUUUUAUGGACUACUUGCAACCCCCAUCACGACAGGUGACAUACGAGUUAAUCCAUAAACACAAGUCCAACCCACGAGAUUCUGUGAUCAACACAUCAGAAUUUUUGAUUGUAUCCAUUAUAAUGUCAUGGCUAAACACGGUUAUAUGGAUUAUUUUCGCAGCUUUAACUUAUUACUUAAAGUGAAUUGUAUAAUUGUAUAGAAUCGUAUUAACUAUUCUAACCCAUAAUUUAAUUUUUUAAUUUAAUUUUGAGUAGUCCACUACCAAUAGUUAUCAAUAGCAUUUACAACUCAAAACAUAAUACUAUGCCACUAAGAGUUUGAAUGUUUAGAUUAAAAAGAAGAACUCAAAAGUUAAAAAUUAUAUUAUAUCCUAUUAAUAUUAACAUGCAGUAUGCACAAAAAAUCAAUAAAGUAUUCUCGGCAAUAAAUUAAGAAAAUGUGCUAAAAUAAACUUCAAAAAUAUACUUUAAUAUGCCAAAUAUUUGUUAGAAAUUAUUAUACGAACUAAUAAGAAAAGUACUUAGUAACUAGAUA